AUGGCGGUGUCUAAUGAAUGUCUAUGGUUCCCGAUUGCAAGAGAUGCCCAUGAAACGGAAACCGGAGCAGGAAAGAGGGAAUUGAGAUUGAAGCAAAGUCGUUAUCUCUUUCGAAAGAUGAAAAAGGGUUCGUGGGGAAAAGAGAGUGGGAGAAGAAAAUUGAGUUUUUGUUGGUACAGGAAGAACAAAGACAAAUAA